UCUCUCUCGCCCUCUCUCUCUCUCUCUCUCUCUCUCCCUCUCUCUCUCUCUCUCUCUCUCUGUAUGUCAGCUCUGAGCUUCAAGCUGAGCUGCUCAGAACUUGUUCAUCACAUCCGCAGGAGGACGAGGUGGAAUUUGUUUCCUGAGAGGCAGCAUGGACCCCGAGGGCGGACUGAACGGAGAGAGGAUAACUCUGAAUAAACUCGGAGACAUCGAGGCCCUGACCCCCUCACGUAAACUCUGUCGGCCCAUCAACAUGAACCACUACGCCACGAAGAAGACCGCCGCUCAGAGCAUGCUGGACGUGGCUCUGCUGAUGGCCAACUCGUCCCAGCUGAAGACCGUCCUGUACGUGGGGCCUCAUUAUCGCUUCUACAUCCCCCUCAUCGUCCUGCUGUCGCUCUCCAUCACCCUGCAGGUCAUCGUGGGGCUGCUGCUCGUCUUUAUAGUGAAGUACGAUCUGAACGACGUGAGGAAACACGCCAAGCUGAACUGGAUGAACAACGUCGCGACCGUCUUUGUCUUCUUCACCGUCCUCGUGAACAUCUUCAUCACAGCGCUCGGGUUCGAGGGACAUGCUGUGAGGUCUAUGGGAACCCCUCAGAUGUUGGUACAGGAGCUGCCUUAUGUUUCUCCACCUCUUCCCAUCGACAUGAACACAACAGGACCCCUGUAGACCAGAGUCUGGAUCAGAUUCUGCUUCUUGAAGACUUUAGUAUCAGCUGCUACAUCAGUGCUGAUGCAGAUCCAGGCUGAGACCCGGGUGACCUCUGGAUGAAAGGUCGUCCUCAGAGGAUGUCAGUUUGAAGAGACGGCGUCCUCC